GGUGGAGAGGGACUCGGGAGAGCAGUCAGCUCCACCUGCUCCUGGUUUGGUCCCGAGCCAUUGAGUCAGCCGGCCCUAGGAACCUCCCGAGAGCGCCCUUCAUAGCUGGAGGCUCAGAGGCCGUCCCGGGGCCCAGCGCCGCCGCCUCCGCCUGGUCCAGCUGUGAUUAGCCUCCGAGCCUCCCCGAACCUCCCCUCGCGCACCCAGCGGCUCAGCGCAGCCACAGCUGCAGCAGGUGGGGGGCCCCCUGGGCCAGCUGACAGACAGCGGAGGCGGAGGCGGGGCCUGAGCCCGGGGCGGAGCCGCGAGGAGAACGGGCCCGGCGCAGGGGGGAGGUGAAGGGGGAGGAGGAGAAAAAGGAGGAGGAGGAGGAGGAGGAGGAGGAGAGAGCAACAGAAGGGAAAGGCUGGCUCCCACACGAACUGAGCGAGCUCUGGCUCUCUAGGCACAGAGUCCAAGCUCCAGGGCUUGCCCAAGCGAUAGAGCGUCUCCGAGGGUCAGCGGUUGAGGCUGGGCGAGCGGCAGCCGGUGAGGCUGGGGCGCAGACAAAGGCGCCGCCGCCGCCGCCGCCGCCGCCGCCGCUGGCUCGCAAGCUUUCCUGCGGGAGCGAACCUGGGCAGCGAUCGAGGACUCUCCGGGACAAGUGCGGUGAACAGGCAACAGAGUUAGCCAGACUGCCUGCUCUAUACCCGAAACCCCACUAGUGAGCAGUGUUUGGACCUGCUCAGAGGAUCAAAUAACGUUUGGGCUGAUUAACAAAAGACAUGCAAGUGGGAAGGUGUCAGAAGCCAGAGUGUGGAAAUUUACCCAGUGUUGCUACUCCAGGGAGGCUCGGGCUGAAAGAUGCUGCGCUUAGGAGAACCUUGGAUCUAAUUGGGAAUGGAAUAGGGAAGCAGGCAGAGAGCAGCAAGGAUGAGGGGAUGAGAGAGGGUGCUGCCUGAGCUGCUCCCAUCUGAAACUGUGGAGAAGAAGCUGAAUGUCCCAGGAUCUGCCCAGCAUUUGGUACUUGAGCUCCAGCGUUAACUACAGCCUGAGUUUUCUCCGGCUUCCUCCCCUGAUGUUAUUCUGCUUGCUUUGAAAUCUGGACACUUGGGCAGAGAAGAGGAGAGAGAGGGGGGAAGCCCCGAGAUCAAGAUGUGCCAGGCAAUCUCUUAAAUUUUCACAUGGGAAGAAGCUACUGAGCAACUGAGGGCUGAAUUGCUGCUAAGCUUUGAAAAUCUAAAAGCACAAGAUAUCACCAAAACAGUCCCUUAAUUGCAGAGCAGAGGAGCCCUCUCCACUGGAACUCUUAAUUUGUAAUUAUCAAAGGACUUAAAGGGGAACUCCUCUGGAAGCUCUUAACUUCAAGGACCAGAGUUAAAGAGGCCACAGCUAAAUGAUGGUAAGCUUUCUGGUUGGAUGCUCAUGGUUACCAGUUUAUUGGAACUUCUCACCAAGAUGCUUCAUUUCAAAGGAUUCUGAACCACUUGACCACAGAGGCUGCUGAGAAUAGGGGAAAGUCUUCUCCUUGACUGUAUUUGAAGCUCUUUUCCCCAGCCCCAGUGGGAGCACACAUACCCUUAUUGCAUCUGAGCACUGAGAGGUCAACAAGUCAGCGGGACACAACCUUCCUCCAGAUGCUUGACUUGAUGGGAUGAACAGUGUUAGUGGAGACACUGGCUUGGGCUCAGCCUUCAUCGCUCCCUCCUUUCUCACACAGGUAGCCUCAGGGCACUGAGCUGAUGAUGGCCGAGAAGGGUGAGUGCAUUGCCAACAUGUAUGGCUAUGACCUGGGCGGGCGCUUUAUUGACUUCCGACCCCUGGGAUUUGGUGUCAAUGGCCUCGUGCUUUCGGCCACAGACAGCCAGACAUGUCGGAAGGUGGCGGUGAAGAAGAUCGCCAUGAGUGAUGCCCAGAGCAUGAAGCACGCGCUAAGGGAAAUCAAGAUCAUCCGCCGCCUGGACCAUGACAACAUUGUGAAAGUGUACGAGGUCCUUGGACCCAAAGGGGCUGACCUUCAAGGGGAGCUUUUGAAGUUCCACAUGGCUUACAUUGUCCAGGAGUACAUGGAGACAGACUUAGCUCGCUUGCUGGAGCAGGGCACACUGGCCGAGGAACAUGCCAAGCUGUUCAUGUACCAGCUGCUCCGUGGGCUCAAGUAUAUCCACUCUGCCAAUGUGUUACACAGGGACCUGAAACCCGCCAACAUCUUCAUCAGCACGGAAGACCUCGUGCUGAAGAUCGGCGACUUUGGCUUGGCGAGGAUUGUGGAUCAGCAUUAUUCACACAAGGGUUAUCUUUCAGAAGGACUGGUCACAAAAUGGUAUCGCUCUCCACGCCUGCUUCUUUCUCCCAAUAACUACACCAAAGCCAUUGACAUGUGGGCAGCUGGCUGCAUCUUGGCUGAAAUGCUCACUGGGAAGAUGCUGUUUCCUGGGUGUCACGAGUUGGAACAGAUGCAGCUAAUCCUGGACACGAUUCCUGUAAUCCGGGAGGAAGAUAAAGAUGAGCUGCUCAGAGUGAUGCCCUCCUUCAUCAACAGCACCUGGGAAGUGAAGAAGCCACUGAGAAAGCUGCUCCCAGAAGUCAACAGCGAAGCUGUUGACUUUCUGGAGAAGAUCCUGACCUUCAACCCCAUGGACCGAUUAACAGCAGAGAUGGGCCUGCAGCACCCCUACAUGAGCCCAUACUCAUGCCCAGAGGAUGAGCCCAUCUCCCAGCAGCCCUUUCGAAUUGAAGAUGAAAUUGACGACAUCUUGUUGAUGGCGGCCAACCAGAGCCAGCUCUCCACCUGGGACAGGUACCCAGUCAGUCUAUCCUCUGAUCUGGAAUGGAAACAGGACAGAUACCUCGACACAAGUGAGGUACAGCGGGAUCCCCGUGCAGGCUCAGAGUCAAUAGUGGAAGAGGUCCAGGUGGACCCACGAAAAUAUUCCCAGAGUAGCUCUGAGCGAUUCCUGGAGCAAUCUCACUCAUCCAUGGACCGAGUAUUUGACUCUGACUAUGGGCGGUCCUGUGACUACAAGGUGGGAUCACCAUCCUACCUGGAUAAGUUACUGUGGAGGGACAACAAACCCCAUCACUACUCAGAGCCUAAACUCAUCUUAGACCUGUCCCAUUGGAAGAAGACAGCCAUCGCUCCCACCACUGAGCUCUCCCUAGAGGAGGAGCCCUCCAACCUCUUCCUGGAGAUUGCACAAUGGGUGAAGAGUACACAGAGUGGUCUUGAGUGCCCCAGCCCACUCCCUGAGAUCCAGGAACGAAGCCUGCCCUCCUCACCCCAACACCACAAGGAACCCAAGGAGGGGAACAAUGGGACUGAUCCCCAAUUUGACUUGGAUGUCUUCAUUUCCAGAGCACUGAAACUCUGUACCAAGCCAGAGGACCUGCCAGAUAACAAACUCAGUGAAAUCAAUGGGGCAUGUAUCUCAGAGCACCCCAGUGACAUCGUACAGACUGAACCCUAUCCAAAGGAGAGGUGGUGAAGCUGAGUAGUUUGCUCUUCAUGAAUUUCCCCUUUCUUCUCAGCUGGCUGGCCACAGUCUUGUGGCACUGCAGACCCAGGCCAAAGGGAAAAAACAGGUCACCCUGGUUCCUGGCAUGUCAGUCCUUUGCAACAGAGGGUGGAUAGCCUACCCCAUACCUUUUAAUCAAAGACAAACAGCUCCCAGCCUCCUUUCUGAUGCCUUAGGGUUCAUGAGACCCUUGAAGGAAUCAGGAAACACAAGUAAAAUAUUGAAUCUAUUAAACUGCCUUAAUGAUCGCGCCUUUUAACCUCUGGAAUGUUUUGAAUUUAAGUCUAAGGUAAUAAGCCUUUUGUACAGAACACCAGGCUGAUCAGUUUAUGAACAUAUUCUUGGGGGUGGGGGCUUUGGGAGAAGGAAAAUGGGAGUAGCCAUGGGAAGAAGGAAGCUUCCCAAAGAGGAACAGGUCCUCUCUUUUUAAUAAGGGUUACACUCCACAAACUCAAAGAAUGUCAGAGCCAAAAGGGACAUUUGAAAUCAUCUAGUUCAACCCCUUCCUUUGACAGAUCAGGAAACUGAGGUCCAGAGAAGGAAGGUGACUUCCCAAGGGUUACAGAGCAAGUUCGAGGCAAAGCAGUAGUAAAACUUGGGUCUCCUGACUCCCAGACUUGCCCUCCAUUCCAUCUCCUUUGUCAUGGAAAUGCUUUCUCUUCGAAAUCUAAGGGAAGCCAAAGUCCAAGGAAGGGCUUCCUCCUUGAACCAGAAGUUGGAGGGCUCUCUUAAAUAGUCAAGAACAGUCAUCUCCUCCCCCUGGGGCCAGACACCAAAGCCUCUUGGGCUUCAGAUCCAGGCAACCUGGAGGGUCACUGGGUUAAAACAACAACAACAACAACAACAAUCACCCACAGCCAAGUGGCUCAUUUAAUAAAGAAUCCAUAAGACAGGGAACUAGGCAGAAGCCAUUGAGUUAUUCCUGAGUGCUUCUUCAACCUCAAGUAUAGUCACUGAUGGAUGCCCCUGGGGCCAGAUUCUGCAUUCUUUACACACACACACACACACACACACACACACAUACACCACAGCCCUAUGCAAAAGUGGAAGAGGCAGGCAAGUAUGGGGUAUGGUGUGAACAAGAAGGGGCAUCAAAAACCUCUUGCCCCAUCCCUAGGUCUCUCUCCCUCUGGCCCAUAGUGGGCCCAAUACCCCACUGUAACCAUUAUUCCCUUGGUUUGAAGACCUCCUUUUAAAAUGCAAACCUGUUACCAAGAAAGGUAACCCAAUAAGCUGUAUUCCUCCAUGAACACCUCCGCCGGAAUUAGUUCAUGGAACUAGCUGAGCAGAGGGCAAGAUCUUGGAGGGAGUAGUGUGCCGGACAAGCACCCCUUCUAAUAGUGGGUCAAGAGAGGUACGGAGUACCGGGGCACUGCCCAAGAGGGACAACACAACUGGAACCCUACGCAGCCAGUGGACACUGGUAUGGAAGUACCCAGAAGGAUGAUUGUAAUGACCCUUCAAGAUUUUGCUUGGGUUUCUGUGUACUGGGUACCUUGUAGCUAUUUAUGUGUGUGAGAGCACAUGCACACACACACACACACACACACACACACACACACACACAGUUGGUGUGUUCAAUUGUGACCCUCUGAGGGUGCAGGUCCUUGCCUUACUACCUUGGCCCUCAGCCUACCUUCACCCACAGACUCGGGUGGCAGCCUUGUUGUCCAAUCAGCUGGCACUUGGCAUUCCAGCCUCGUCCCCUUCUAGCGAAAGCUUUCAGGGGAAGCUAGAAAACAGGUAAACAGAUGAUCAGACGCUAGGAUUUGAAAGUAGCCUUGGGGUUCACCUAUACCUCUGAGCACCUUAAAUGAUUAACCUGUUAAUGAUCAUUUGUACAUGGAAACAAACAAUACAUUAUAGGCUUAUAUUUUAAAAAUGAAUUCUUCAAGCUGACCAAAACUUUUUUAAUGGAGAAUGUGUAAAUAGAAACUGUUCAAGAAAUGAAACUUUAUCCACCCACUCACUGUGCCAUCUUGUCCUAUGGUGGGGAAAGGGGGGGAAGGAGGAAAUUACUCUUUUGGUAAAGGAAGAAAGCUGCUGUUCUUGACCCUGUGGUCCAUAUAUCACUGUUAUACCAGAGUAAUUGUUAUUAUACCCAUGUAAAAAAAUCUACUAAAUGCUAUUAAACACUAUGAUGAGAUGUGUUUUGCCAA